AUGGCUCCGCCGAACAAAAAGCGCAAGCAACAGUCGGCCGUCGGGCCCAAUGCGAAGCGCAGCAAAGGCAAAGGCGGCAAGGCCAGCGUCCCCCGCCAGCGUGUCGAGGAUGCUGGCUCGCUGGCGUGGCAGACUUUUGGUGAAGAAUUCGGCGUCCUGGAAGUCAUUGAUGGCGUCGACGUCGUAAAGGAAGGUGACCGUGUGUCCUUUGUCGUCGCAGACACAGCGGCGGGCAAGGCUGCGGUGGCCAAGGACCAAGAGGACGACGGCGACGACGGCGAGGAAUUCGAAGGCUUCGCUGACGACGAUGCUGAUAACGAUGUAAAUACCGAGAUCAACGAGGCAAGCACGACAGAUGCCACCGCGAAAACACAAGAUGCAAAAAAGAAGUCGGAGAAGAAGACGAAAAAGAAGAUGGCGGUGCCAAAUGCGCAAGACCACAAGCUGGAAGCACAGACUGGCAAGAAGCAAAAAAAGAGCGCACAGUCAAAUUCCUUUGGCGCGCUGAUGAACGCGAAUGACGACGAUGACAACGACCUGAACCUGGAGAACUGGGUUGCGCUGAACCUCUCACCAGCGACCGUCUCGGCCAUUGGCAAGCUGGGCUUUGCCAACCCGACCGAGAUCCAGGACCAGUCCAUCCCGCACAUCAUGGCCGGCGCCGACGUCAUCGGCAAGGCGCAGACCGGCUCCGGCAAGACGCUGGCCUUUGGUAUCCCGAUUGUCGAGCGCUGGCUGGAGCUGUACCGGGGCGACGACGCGACGCAGGAGGAGAACGGCGAGCAGCGGCAAGCCAAGCGCAAGGGCCCCACGGCGGUCGUCCUGAGUCCCACGCGUGAGCUGGCCAAGCAGAUUGGCGACCACAUCAAGGCCCUGUGCGAUGGGCUACCUACGGCGCCGUACGUGUGCGUGGUGACGGGCGGGCUGAGCAUACAGAAACAGCAGCGGCAGCUGGAAAAGGCCGAUAUUGUGAUUGGCACGCCGGGCCGUCUGUGGGAGGUGCUAGACGGCGACAUGAAGCUGCAGAAUGAGUUUAAGCGCAUCCGCUUCCUGGUCGUGGACGAGGCCGAUAGGCUGUUCAAGGUUGGCCAGUUCAAGGAGGCAGAGCUCAUCAUUGGUGCGCUGGAUGGCCGGGACCCAGAGGCUGACUCGGAAGACUCGGAAGACGAGGAGGAUGUUGAUGAUGAUGAGGAUGACGAAGAUGGCGAUGGCCCGCGGUCUACUAGGCAGACACUCGUCUUUUCGGCGACGUUUGACAAGGACCUACAGACCAAGCUGGCAGGCAAGAAGCGCCCAUCUGCGCAAGGGACAGACGAGGAGAAGAUGGCAUAUCUGAUGAAGUGUCUGAAGUUCCGAGGCCAGCCCCAAUUCAUCGAUGUCAACCCUGCUAGCCAAAUGGCCACGGGCCUCCGAGAGGGUCUCAUCGAAUGCGGUGCUAUGGAAAAGGAUCUAUAUCUCUACUCGGUUCUGUUUCUGAACCCCGGCCGACGAACCCUCGUCUUCACAAACUCCAUCUCUGCCGUCCGGCGCGUCGCCCCCUUCCUGCAGAACCUCAACAUGGCCGCCCAGCCUAUCCACUCACAGAUGGCCCAGAAGGCGCGCAUGCGCUCCCUCGAGCGCUUCACCGCCACCAAGGGCUCCAUCCUGGUCGCCACCGACGUCGCCGCCCGCGGCCUUGACAUCAAGGAAGUCGACCUCGUCGUGCACUACCACGUGCCGCGCAGCGCCGACACGUACGUGCACCGCUCCGGCCGCACGGCGCGCGGCUCCCGCUCCGGCGUCAGUGUCCUCCUCUGCGCGCCCGACGAGGUGCUGCCCACACGGCGCCUCGCCGGCAAGGUACACGCCCGACGCAGCAGCAGCAGCGGAAGCAAGCGCGAGCACUUCAUCGAGACGCUGCCCAUGGACAAGCAGAUUGUCGCGCGGCUCAAGCCCCGCGCCGACCUGUCCAAGAAGCUCGCCGACGCGGUGCUGGCCAAGGAAAAGGCCCACAGCGAGGACGCGUGGCUGCGUGACGCCGCCGACGAGCUCGGCGUCGACUACGACGAGGACGAGUUUGACGCGACCGCCAGCGCCGGCUUCCGCGGCGGGCGCGGCGGCGGGCGCAAGCGCAAGGACAAAGAGGCCGCCGCGCUGAGCAAGGCCGAGAUGGGCGCGCUGCGCGCCCAGCUGCGCGAGGACCUGAGCAGGCGCGUGAACCUGGGCGUCAGCGAGCGCUACAUUGCGGGCGGGCGCGUCGACAUGGCCAAGCUGCUGAGGGAGAAGGAAAAGGCGACGAGUGUGGGCGGCUUGUUCCUGGGCGGGGAUGACUCGAUGGGACUGGGCUUUGGCAUGAGACUGUAG